GACCAUGAAUGCAGCAGCGAGGCGCCUGACCCGGAAGUUGACAUCAGUUGUCUUCUCCAAGCAACAACACUGGACUGUUAGCUGUUAGCUGUUAGCGGCGCCCGGAGACCAGUUUCUGACAGAUUUCUACUCUCAUACUCAGAAUGGCUGAAGUAGAAGAAACUCUGAAGAGGAUCCAGAGUCAGAAAGGAGUGCAGGGAAUCAUCAUCGUCAACUCAGAGGGUAUCCCCAUCAAGACGACUCUGGACAACUCCAGCACGGUGCAGUACGCAGGACUGAUCCACCAGCUGGUGAUGAAGGCCAGGAGCACCGUCCGAGACAUCGACCCCCAGAACGACCUCACCUUCCUCCGGGUUCGCUCCAAGAAGAACGAGAUCAUGAUCGCUCCAGAUAAGGAUUAUUUCUUGAUCGUCAUUCAGAACCCCUCAGACUGAAACAGAAGGAACUGCUGCCCGACUCCUUACUCUCUCUGUCUCUUUCAUUUCUAAAACAGCCAAACAUUUUUUGUCUUGCUAAAUCAAAAGAACCUGUUUACCAGAAGCUCUCUGCUGUAGAAUAGAAGUAAAGGCAGGAUUUGAAGGUGGAUGAAACUGAAUCUUGGCUCAGUACAAACAUGUGUUAGCCACAUGAGAUUCAGUCACCCUGCAGGCAAAUUUCUUCUCCCAUAUUUUUUAGCAUUCCAGUCCAGUCUCUUCUCCGUGCUUAAUAUCUGUUAUGUCACUGUGUUGUAUUUUAGCAUGUGGCGAUGAGUGCACACCUGCUAAAAUACCUAUGGCAGAAUUUGGAAAAUUAAAGCUGGACCAGUGCAUAUAUAUGUAUGUGCACAGUAUACAGGAGAGAGAAAGACCACAACACAUCUGUAGGAUGUUUUUUUUUUUUCAGUUUGGUCUUGGGAUUGUUAUUUAUUGUUUUGUUGGCAGAAGAUGUUGAAGUGCAGUAUUUCAGUGGUGAGCAGUAAACUACACUACAGACACUUCUCUGCUCUUGCCGUGUCAAGUUCCUCUUGGUUAUUUGUAACAAAUAAGAAAUUAAAAAAGUCCAAAUGA